CUCCGACUGCUGCCUAGGUCUUGCGCUGGACAUUAUAACUCUCUUUCCAUUUUCACAUCUCUCAGUCCACACAACUUAUUAUCACAAACUUGGUUUUAAACACUUGAAAUUCAUCAGUCAUGGCGCAACCCACGGUCCCUGGAGUCGUCCACAAGGGCGACCUUAUUCUCGUCUACAAACCCAAGAAGGCACACAUGCUGCUUGUGAAGUCUGCUCCUAACCAUACAGACAACGCAAAUGCUAUCCCAAAUGCAGCGUCAAUCACAGUGCAGAAGGUCAACUGGCAUAUUCCAGGAUCUCCUGGUUUCUGGACACUAUCUGGCCCAAAAGUCUACUAUAUUGAUAAAGCCGAAAAAGUAGUCGAGGACGAAGAACUCCACAACAGCAAUUUCAUCUACAGCUGGUAUUGUCUUUAUAAAGACCAUUCUACUGAUCUCGAGGAGGAUAACCUUGAAGAAUUUCUCAAAACAAUGGUUUCUGCCAAUGCAGAUGCGAAUGACGACUCUUCAGAUGUUUCCCUCAUAGUGAAUCCUCACGGAAGGGACGUAAUCAAGCAUUAUUUCAAAGGAAGCUGCCCUAAUUGCGGAACCUUGGGUUGGUUUUGUCCCGGAUGCGGAGGAGUGAGUGUACGAUUUCCCGAUAUUUUUGGCAGCUGUGCGACCGACCAGUCGUGCCCAGUUUGCCUAGGAUACGAGUUUGCUCUCGAAGAUAAAAGGAGAAUUAGAGAACUGCAUUCGCCAGAAAUGUCGCUCUCUCUACAUAAGGACGGACAGCGCCUAUUGGGAAUGUGCAAGGCACAAAUAGCGAAGAUGAAAACUGACACACUGGCGUUGGUAGAGGAAAGAUACAGACUUAUCCACGCCAGAAAAAUUGAAAUGGGUCUUAAGUUAGAGGAUCAGGACAAGCUAAUUCAGGACUGGAAGGAUAGUCAUCUUUGAUGGUUACGAGUUGCGCAGCAUUGAUCGCGCCCAGAGUCUAACUAAGGAUGUUAUUUGUCGCUUCGGUGCAUUCAUUCUGUCGAGGUUGCUUUGUGCUGAUGAAGGCUGGUAUAUGUAUGUAUGGGUGAUCAAUUUUGCCGUGCGGUCCCGCAGCGUUUCAUCUUGUUAUGCCCAUUUCUAUAUUGCUGGGUUUGUAACAGGUAUCCUGCAGGGUGCAUCCCUAUAUCCAUCGCUCUUCCAUAUAGGCCGAAGCUGUGAAGAGCGCUAGACUCUGGGUAAUCUACAUUUAUCUUCAAUUACAUUUUUGCCCGCCUUUUCACGGUUCAUCUUGCCUUGUAAAGGAAGGUC